CGCGACGGUGAGUAUCGUCUGCAUCUCAGUUGGCGAUGAGGCAGCAAACCAUCAUUUGUUAUUCUUGUCUCGGAGAGGGCGACGCGAUACAAUUUCGUUGCAGCGUCGCUGCCGAUGCAAACGCAGUCGCAGACAGCCGAGCGCUAAAUUAGAGUCUCCUUUAAGGUCGGCCUACAGUAAGCCCAACGAACAAAAGCAUAACCGCCGUUCAUAGUCAACCGUUGACGCUGACCAUGGAAUUCUGUGCCAACCCCCCAUACCAAAAGGCCAUCUGGAUAGCCAAAGACACGAGAGUGUACAAGCCGGGCGAUGCUGAUAACACUGUCAUAGCGUACGGCAUCACGAACACAUCUGAUCCAAACUGCCACCAGGCGGUGUUGUUCCUGCCUCGCGUGUCCUCGUCCGAUCUGGGCGAGUAUAGCCUGAUCGUAAGGUCGGCCGCGGGCGUGGCCGAGGGUAGCUUCCACCUAAACAUGACCUACGCGAGCGGCCUGAACGAGCAGCGGGACCAGGAGGCCCGCGGACCUCGCGCACCCUUCGUAGAUGGCGUCCAAGCGACGUCGGGACAAGCGAACAGCCCAGUGCCAUUACCGCUACACAACGCCAAUGUGAUCAUUUUACCUUCUGUCGUUCUCGCAUCGUCACUAUUCCAGUACUGUUAUUAUUAUUGAUACUGAUUGUCGACUGAUCUAGAUUAUAUUAUUACAUAUUUACAUCCAUAUAUCCUCACACCUCACAUAUACAACGUUCAUAUUGUAUACACUGACGGGUCCGGCAGAGUGGUACAAUUCUGUUUCGGUGUUGUUCGUAGGCUAAACGCAUUCGACCGAUUAAAAAAAAAAUAGCGUUCUUUCAAUAAUAGUGGCGCUACCACCGAGGCAUUAUCUUUUCGGUGCUUUUAUAAUUUAUCAUUUUUUGGUGAUACUGUUGGCACGGCUGUUUACCUUUCAGCUCUGACCUUACACGGAAUAACCUUUAAUGAAGGUUUUGUCGAAGACGAAUUUCAGCCUGCGAAAAAUACUGUAGUAAAUUAUGAGGAAAUAGGUUGCGAAAGUUUUUUGUCCAUUGGAUCUACAAAUCGAAAAGGAAAACACAAAGCUUAUUACAAAUGUGUAUUGCGCAGUCUCAAAAAUUAAUUGUCGAGACUUAUUUAACUGAACCGAUUGUACUACUUUCGCAGAACUCCUACGAAUUUGACCUAUAAAAAGAGAAAUAUGAUGUGAAAUGGCUUUGCUCAGUCAUAUUAUAGAGAAUGUGAAAUUUAUUGAUGAAGAAAAGUUCAUUGUUCAGACGUAAGUUGACAAAAAAUAUUUUGAUUAUGCCACGAAGACCCCUACCGGCCUUUAAGAUAGAAAAAAUGAAUUUGUUCAAUAGUUCAAUGGUUCGACAACUCUGACGAUAUAGUUUCAUCGUGUCUGAGCAAAACUAAUACAAAAUACAGAAUUUUUCCAAGCGAUGAAUUCACUGUAGAAUCGUUGUUUAGAUAGUCCGAACGUCGUUCACAAUUUGGCUGGUAAAAUGAAGUAAAAAAAGCCACUAAUUGGUAUACUAUGAUUCCGGUCGGAGUUUCAAAGUUAACCUGCAAAUUAUCAAAAUAAAACUUUGUAGUAGAUCUGUAUAAUAUGUGCGAUUAUCACACACGGAAAUAUUUGUCUGUAUGUCAUUUUUCAAAAUUCCGAAAGGUAUAAUAAAACAUUUGCACAAUAAUAUCUGACAUAGGUCCAUCGAAAACCAGAGAAUCUAGAAUCUUGACGAAAAUAAAAAGGUGUACGGCAGCUCUUUAUGAAGCUGAAUUCAUAGAGAAUUUUACUCACUGUAUGUUUGAUGUUUUAGCAUAUUCAUGGCCAAAAUACAUAAUUGUGAAUGGAUGGAACGAGGCGGAAACUGCCCAACGCAUUCAUGUUUUCAUUAUUUGAUACUGAACUCAAAACACCACAUAUUUUAUAAAAAAAAAUAUAACAUAUAUUUUACACCUCAUGGUUAGUAUAUCCAAAUUUAUUGAGAUGUUACGACGAUAUUCUUUGCUGUUUGUAUGUAUACUUCGAUGUAACUUAGGAAAAUGAUUAAAACACCUUCUUCGUUAAUAUUUUUGUAGGAGGAAAUAAAAACUAUGACGUAUUUUAAAUGUAUAGUUUUUUAUUGUUUUGCAAAGAUGUGUAUAAAUUUGUUAAUAGAGGGCGCUUAUAUGUAUAAAUUAUUG